AGCAAUGUCGACAGUGAGACUAGACAUGGAGAUUGCUCAUCAGGAUGUGGGCAGCCAAUCUCAGCUAAGUUCUAUGCAUGCAUCGACUUGUUCUCCUUGUGAAUUUGACCUUGACAUCAAAUGUGCCUUGCUCCCACAAUUCCUCAAUGGAGAUUUUCCAAAAGUUGAUCAUCACAUUCAUGUUGAACACCCACUCUUCUUCAUCGAAAAUCUUAGCCAUGAAGUUAAACUAGCUUCUUACCACAAUUGCUGUGUUUGCCUAGAACAGUUAUCAGAUGCUUCCUUUUACACUUGUGUUGUUUGUAAGCUUUUCCUUCAUAAAUCAUGUUCUGAGACUGAGCUACCAUUGUACAUCAAUCACCCCUUCCAUGAGAAGCACACUCUUACUCUUACUCUUCCUCUUCCUAAAUGGGAUAGGGAAUCAUUUUGUCAAUUUUGUCAUGAUCAACCAUUCUCCUACUCUAGAGGAUUUUUUUACCACUGUUCUUCUUGUCGUUUCAACCUUCACAUCAAAUGUGCCUUUGUCCCACAAGUCGUCAUUGAAAAUUUCCCAAAACGUGAUCAACAUUUUAGUGAUGUUGAUGAACACCCACUCUUCUUCAUCAGAAAGGACCUUAUUAGCAACAGCAAAGAAGUUAAACGGUGUUCUAAUUGCUUUGUUUGCAAAGAAUCAUUAUCAGGUAGUUCUUUUUACUACUGUCCCGACUGUGAAUUUUUCGUUAAUAAAUCAUGUGCUUUUAAAGAGCUAUCUUUGAAAAUUAAUCACUCUCUCCAUGAUAAACAUGCUAUUAGACUAACCGAAAAAGAUUCUUACAGCAAGCAUGUAACUUUUGUCUUAAUGACAUCGAGGGAUCUAGGUAUAGCUGUUCUUCUUGUGAGUUCCAUCUUGGUCCCGGAUGUGCUUUGCUCAUCACCAAAGAUCUCCCAAAAUGUGAUGAUCAUUUUAGCCAUGUUGAGCACUGUUGGGAUAGGCCCAGUCCGACACCCAAACAGGGCUGGGCUAUGCAUAACGGGCCUAGGUUACCACAUAUUAGCCCAAGCUGAAGGAGCAUCAGUACAAGCAUACCCACGUGACCAGCGCCACGUGGGCCAAUGGGGUGCUCACACAUGCAGAAAUAUGUCAGCACCAAGGGGCUAUAAAUACCCCCCAACUACCUCCGAUGAAGGAGGUCGCCCUCCAAGAAAUGAAGUGGACGAACAGGAGGAUACUCACGUAUCUGAGCCCGGCCUAAAUGACUUUAGACCAAUGCCAAGAAAUCUUUUUGUAGGAGGAGCCGAACAGGAUCACUUAAGUGAAACGGAUGAUGAUGAAAGAACACCAACGGGGUAUGCAACCCAGCCUGAACACUUCCAGGUUCCAACAGGAACAAGAUCAAGACCUUCUAGACCAUACAAUUCACAGCGUGAACGGCCUGAAAGGUCGAUAGACCCUACUCGGACAACCGAGCUCGAAGAGAGGACCAGAAUUCUCGAAAUGGCAAUGGGUAAAAUCCUUGCCCGGCUAAUUCCUGAUGACCCCCUGAUUCCUUUGCUGAACAGGGAUGCACAACCAGCUGCGGCUGUUGCAACUAGAAACUCCCCCGCUCUUAGCAAUAUAGUAGUGCCGACCAGGCCUAAGGGAAGUGGGAAGUUGCAUAUCGAGCCCAGCUCGUCUAAAUAUAGUGAAGAAUUGAUGAGAAAAAACGCAGACCUUGAAAGGCAGCUGCGGGAUGUACAGAAAUCCAUUGACGAGCUGAAAAGCCCCAGGUCACACCAACAGACCUUGGAUUUGGAUAGUGCUCCGCUGAACCUAUCCAUCACAACAGAACCAUAUCAAGAGGGAUUCAAAAUUCCCCACCUAGAGACAUAUGAUGGCACGAAAGACCCGGAUGAACAUCUACACACCUAUCAAGCCAUCAUGAGGAUUCAAAACGCCAAUGAUGCUAUGAUGUGCAAAGUGUUCCCGGCGACACUAAAAUCAACAGCCAGAAGAUGGUAUCACAAACUCCCCAAACAUUCAAUAGAUUCAUUUUCCCAGCUCGCCAAGCUGUUUUCUAACAAAUUUGCGAGCCAAAGGGAGAUCAAGCGCACAGCAACUGAGUUGAUGCAGGUUAACCAGAAGGAGGGGGAGUCUUUGAGGGAUUACAUGCAGCGGUUCAACAAAGCCACAUUGGACAUUGAUAAUGUCCCAGACACAAUCUGCCUGUCCGCCCUGUUGCAUGGGUUGAAGUGUGGCCGGUUCCUAGAUGACCUGCUUGAAAACCCACCGAAGACGUGGAACGAGGUGAAUGACAGGUCUCAAAUCCUGGCACAAAUUCAGCACUGGGUUAGGAGACCUCCACCCCCACUACAUGAUUCCCCGAGGGCAUAUAAGAGCAAGCAUUGUGACUACCACCGUGUAUAUGGUCACAAUACAAAGGACUGCCAACACUUGAAAGACGAGUUAGAGUUUUUGGCUCGUAACGGGAAGCUAGAAGGGUAUGUUCAGAAGCCUCACACCCAGCAACCCAUUCAAACCCAUUUUGUACAGGCGUACAACCGACCUCAAGGACAGAGGUACCAGCAUGGAGGGACGCAGGAUGCAUAUCAGGAUAACCAGUAUCCCUCGGAACAAGGCAGAGCAUACCGAGGACGUCCUUUCAACAGGAGAGGGCAGGGACCGAGAACUACCGCCCCGAAUCAAAAAGACAGGAAAGGGGUAGGUUAUGCUGGGAUACCCCCACCUUCUGGUACAAUAAACAUGAUAUCGGGUGGUGUUCACUCAGGGGGCCAGAGCGCCCGAGCUUGCAAGGCAUAUGCCCGACAGGUGAUGACCGUCAACAAAAAUAGACCCUUGAAACGGCCGUUUGAGGAAGCAGAAUGGGAAAAUACGCCCAUCACAUUCAGCCCGGCAGAUUACAAGCGAGCAGAAGGAGAGUCUGACAUUAUGAUGCCCCAUGUAGAUCCCUUUACGGCAACAGUUCAUAUAGGCAAUCAUAAUGUCAAUAAGGUGUUUAUUGACACUGGCAGUUCACCAGAUAUCCUGUACUGGGGUUGCUUCCAGAAGAUGCAGCUAAAUCCGAGCUCGCUGCAGAAGCAUGAAGGCUCAAUAUAUGGAUUCGAUAACCAGCCCGUCCCGGUUGAGGUAGUUAUUACUCUUCCUAUAUAUGUGGGCUCAGAACCACGCUUCAGGAUGGCUUCUGUCACCUUCCUGGUCGUUAAGAUGGAAUCAGCUUUCAAUGCUAUAUUAGGAAGAGCCACCCUGUGCGAGCUGAAGGCUGUUAUCUCACAGCCCCACCUCUGUAUGAAGUUCCCAACUCCUCAAGGGGUAGGAGUGCUAAAAGGGAAUCAGAAGAUGGCUAGAGCCUGUUAUCAAGACACGUUCAAGAAGGUCGAGCUCGCCGCAACCCCGGCGAGUGCGGAAGGUCGCAAGCCAACCCAACUCGCUCAACAGACAAUGAGUAUAUCAGACAUUGAGCAUCGACCUGAGAGCGUUGAGCAGAAGGCAGAGCCAGUAGAGCCAGUGGAAACGGUGCCCUUAAACCCGAAUGUGCCGGAGAGAACAGUGAAGAUCGGCACUAAACUCACAGAAGAAGAGCGGGCAGGGCUUCUAGAAUUCCUAAGGACUAAUCAGGAUGUAUUUGCGUGGACUACGGAUGAAAUGCCUGGCAUCUCGGCAGAAUUGACAGUCCACAAGCUCAGCACAGACCCCACCAGAAGGCCGGUGGUGCAAAAGCGUCGCCUUUUUGGCCCGGAGAAGCAAGCUGCCAUUGACGAGGAGAUACGAAAACUGUUACAGGCAGGCUUCAUCAGAAGAGUGGAAUACUCUGAAUGGGUCUCCAACCCUGUGCUCGUCAAAAAGCCAAACGGCAAAUGGAGGAUGUGCAUUGAUUUCACCAAUCUCAAUGACGCAUGUCCAAAAGACCCUCACCCGUUGCCAAACGUAGAGAAGUUAGUAGAACGGGCAGCCGGACAUGAAAGGAUGAGUUUUCUUGAUGCAAGCUCAGGUUACCACCAGGUCCAGUUGUUGCUAGACGACCAGGAAAAAACAGCUUUUUACGCUGGGGACGCAAUUUACUGCUAUGUCAUGAUACCGUUCGGCCUCAAAAAUGCCGGAGCAACAUACCAGAAGCUGGUGCAAAUCAUCUUUAAGCUCCAGAUCGGCAGGAACAUAGAAGUGUAUGUAGAUGACAUGAUAGUCACCAGCGUGCGAGCUGAGGAUCACAUUGGCGACCUAGACGAAACUUUUCAAAAUUUGCGCCGAGCACAAAUGAAGCUGAAUCCUUUGAAAUGCACAUUUGCUGUAGAAUCGGGAAAAUUCCUAGGAUACGUGGUAUCCAAGAAAGGAAUUGAGGUAAAUCUAGAAAAGGUUGAGGCCGUUCAGCAAAUGGAGCCACCAAGGACUGUCAAAGACGUACAGCGUUUGACGGGCCGUGUUGCUCCGUUGCACAGGUUUAUAGCCAUAUCGGCAGAAAGGUGUCUUCCAUUUUUCAAAGCUCUACGGGAGCCGAAGAACUUCCAAUGGACUCAUGAAUGUCAACAGGCAUUUGACGAGCUCAAACGAUAUUUGGCAUCCGCACCUCUGCUGUCCAAGCCUGUCGAUGGAGAAUGUUUAUACCUUUAUCUGGGGGUCACAGAAGAAGCAGUGAGUUCAGUACUACUGAGGGAAGAAAAUAAACAUCAGAAGCCUAUCUGCUACGUGAGCAAGGUGUUACAAGGUGCCGAGCAGAACUACCCGCUAGCAGAAAAGGCUGCUUUUGCUUUGGUUUGUACGGCUCGUAAGCUGAGAGCUUAUUUCCAGUCUCAUCAGAUUGUCGUUUAUACUGAUUUCCCACUAAGGAAAAUAUUGCAGAAGCCAAAGCUCUCCGGUCGGCUCAUCGGAUGGAGUGUCGAAUUGAGUGAGUAUGACCUUAAAUUCCAGCCGCGCAUGACUAUAAAAGGCCAAGCUGUGGCAGACUUCCUAGUUGAAUGUGCCCCGGCGGCUGUGAAAGAAAAGGCACCUGAAUACCCAGUUUGGGUUUUGUAUGUAGAUGGAGCUGCUAAUGCCGAAGGAUCAGGUGCUGGAGCUCUGUUACUGGGCCCUGAUGGCUUUAAGUCUGAGCACGCACUGAGGUUUAAGUUUCAGACAACCAAUAAUGCUGCAGAAUAUGAAGCCCUCGUUUACGGACUGAAGCUGGCGGCCGAGCUGAAGGUACAAAGCAUUCAGGUCUUCAGCGACUCUCAGCUUGUUGUCGCCCAGGUGAAUGGCUGUUGCGACAUCAGGGAUCCCCAGCUCAGUCGUUAUGCCUCUGUGGUCAACAGAUUGAAGUCAGGGUUUGCUUCAUUUCAGAUCGACAAAAUACCACGGGCAGAUAACCACCGAGCUGACGAGCUGUCGAAGUUGGCCUCCUCGCAGGACAUUAACCCUCAGAGAUCAACAAUCGUUGAGGUGCUCGACGCACCAAGCUACACUGAUUUUACAGUCGACUGUCAACUACUCAGUACAGAUCCCUCUACACCGAGCUGGACUACCCCACUCAUAAAUUAUCUGCAAAGCGGCGAGCUGCCUGAAGAUCUAUCCGCUGCGAAAUGGGUUAAACGCAGGGCGGCACAUUUCACUUUGUUAGAUAACCAGCUCUACAAACGAGCAGCCUCAAUGCCCCUCUUACGCUGCCUUACUCCUUACGAAGCUGAAUACGUUGUGAGAGAAGUGCACGAAGAAGUAUGUGGCACGCACAUCGGUGGCAAAACUUUAGCUCGGAAACUCCUGAGGCAUGGUUAUUACUGGCCCACUAUGGUCGACGACGCGCAGAACUAUGUCAAAAAAUGUCCGACCUGCCAGUUCAAUGCUGAUGAUAUACACAUGCCAGGGGAAACGCUAUCAUCUCUUACGUCUCCCUGGCCCUUUGCUCAAUGGGGUGUCGACCUGCUCGGCCCUUUUAUCAAAGGCAAAGGAGGCUGUACUUUCCUGGUCGUUGCCGUGGACUACUUCACUAAGUGGAUAGAAGCUAAACCACUGUCCACGACAACAGAAAGAAAAAUAGAAGAAUUCUUGUUCAAUUCAAUAUUGUGCAGGUUCGGCAUACCUAAGCGAAUUAUCGCCGACAAUGGGCCACAGUUCCGAGCAGCAGCACUGAGAUCGUUUUGUGACGACUAUGGCAUUGAGCUCGCUUUGACGUCCGUGUAUACUCCACAAUCCAACAGGCAAGCCGAGUCCGCCAAUAAAAUCGUCUUGCGGGGACUCAAGACGCGUGUUUUGGCUGCGCAUUCUAAUUGGGUUGACGAGCUCAAUAAAGUGCUUUGGUCUUGUCGCACCACGCCCAGCUCGGCCACAGGCGAAACCCCUUUCAGCCUGGCUUAUGGAGCUGAGGCCGUCAUCCCAGUAGAGGUUGGAUUACCAUCUGAACGAGCAGGCCGGCAUGACGAUCUCAACAAUGAGCAACUGUUGAGAGAAAACCUAGACUUCGUGGAAGAGGUCAGGGAGAUGUCUAGAAUAAGAAACAUGGCGCAUCAAAGUCGUGUUGCAAAAUUUUACAAUAAAAGGGUUCGAGCUAGCCAGUUUCAAGUCGGCAACCUGGUUCUACGCAAAGCUGGAUUGACAAACACUUACUCGCACAUGGGCAAGCUCGCUCCUAAUUGGGAAGGCCCCUAUGUGGUGGUUCAAAUUAAACGACCUGGGUCUUACGUGUUAGCAAAUAUACAAGGAUGUCAGUUGCCUUACAUUUGGAACAUACACAAUCUUAGAAAGUUUUACAGUUAAUAAGUGCUCUGCCGUUUUAUUCACACUGUUAUCCAGCAAUUGUAAAUGACAAUGUACAGAAACUGCGAAUGAGAAUACAACAAUUUCAAAAGG